AUUUUAUUAUUUGCUUGUUUUUCUUCUUUGCUUUCUCUUUUAGCUCGAGUCAACAUUACGAGAUCUACACCAUUGACUAUUCGUUUGUUCAAGUUUCUAAAAAAAGCCUUGGAAUUCUUUGAGUAAAAAAUCAAGAAAGUUAGUGUAAAGAAAUUUACUCUCCCCUGAAAGAUCUCAAUAGAUCAUAUACAGCUAGCAGCAGUUGUGGUACUAGAACUGAGAAUGGUACAAAAACGCAUCAAGAUUUUCUGUAAAUCAGAAAUCAUUCAUAACACCGAACCUGCUGAAGAUGAAACGGCUGCUUCUGGUGUUUGGCGGAACUGGAAGGUUUAUGUUCGGCCCAUCAAAGGGGAGUCAGCUUUGAAUCCAUUCGUGGAUCAUGUUGAAUAUUUACUUCAUCCUUCUUUCAAGACGUCGCGUAUAGUUCGUACUCAGGAACCUUAUCAAAUUACGCAAAAGGGUUGGGGAGCCUUCGACUUGAUGAUCGUUUUUCAUUUCAAAGAUAAAUCACAGCCGCCACAAACAAUCAUCUUUGAUUUAAAUUUUGAUAAGCCAACUUACUUUGUCACUAAAACUUUGAAAUUCAAAGCCAACAAGAAAGAUCAAAUAGGCGCCAAAAGACGUGUCUCCAAGAAAAGUAGCAAAUUAGGACGCAGAAAAGAGGAUGCCACAUCUACAGUGUCACCACAGGCUACUCCUUCGAAUAGCGCCUCUUCAAGUGUAUCCUCGCGAGCGUCUCGGAUGAUUUCUGAUACGGAUCCUUCACACUUGGUAGCAUCUCAUGCUGCUACUACCUAUGACGCCCCCUUUUCAAGUCCACCCUUAUCCACGAGCUCAGUUACAACACCGAGCAGUCAUGGUUCCAACAUGAUUUUCUUUGAUGGACAGCAACAACAAGAACAACAUGAAGGAGCGUCCGUUUAUUCUGCUUCACCAGAAUAUCUUCUUCCACAGCAAGAACCCAUAUACCAGUACCGAGAAGAAACGCCCGAGUACAUUUAUUCAUCCGCAUCGCUAUUUUAUGAUAGCAAUAAAUUUCUCCAUGGCAAUAAUCACCAUAGCAAACAGUUGCAAAAUAUACCCAAGCAAAUUAAUAUCCCGGAACUGUGCCGUUCUUUGGAGGCAUUAGGUGACGAUGAUUUACGUCAAGUGUACCGUAUUAUGCUCGAAUUUCGUGCAGAAGAUAGACCCUUUCUCGAAACAAAAGGUAUACCAACGAUUGAACAGAUAGCUACGCAAUAGUAUCUCUUUCCGCCCCCACUCUUGUACCGAUCGUAUGAUGUCUUUUCAUAGGUCAUUAUAUACUCGAUUGCCAUAGAAUGAGUCCAAAGCUUCUCGAACGGCUAUGGGAGUUUGUAGUCGCUGUCAAGUUUUUUGAAGACUAGUCGUUGCAGUACUCUGAGUAAAAAAAUCACGACCCACUUAUACCGUCUCUUCCGAUAAUAGCUAUGAUAUCAUUUGUCUCAGCUCUCAAAAAACUGUAUACAUAUAAAACUUUUCGAUGAUGAUGGUGUUCUGAAAAAAAAAAA